AGUGAGGGGGUGGCAGAGAUGGAGAGAGGGGGGGGCACCGCUGGAUAGAGAGGGAGAGAUCAAAGAGAGCCGAGGCAGAGGAGGAGGAAGAGGAUGAGAGAUAGCAGAGCUGCAGUGAGAGCCAGCGAGCGCCCUGCCUGCCUUCUGCGACGACUGUUUACUCCACUUUCCCUGAGAGCCGCUUCUCUUCCCUCUGUGUGAGUCAUGAAGUGAUGUAGGUGAGUGGAGCGUCGUGGAGCGGAGCAGCAGAGCCACAGAUCUGUGUGUGUGUCUGCGCCGUGGGCAGGCCGACUCAUUUCAUGAUUAAGGAUCGAUGCCAGGCCCCGGAGCGAACAUAAGAAACCCUGAGAACAACCUGAGCACAUCAGCAGGCAGGGCUUCAUCUGACUGACUGAGAAAACCCCGUCUGCUGAGGAGGACAGCGAGAUGUGUUUGAAAGCUCCAGACAAAGCCAUGAUCUUACGGCUCAUGUGGAAGUCUGUGGACAAGAUGAGGUGUUUCAGGAAACGAUCCAUGUUGCCCUUCCUCGGCUUCCUCAUCAUCUUCCUCCUCUUCUUCAACCUGUACAUGGAUGAUGGAUACGUGCUGGGGAACUACCUUCUGGAGACGAUCAAAUCCAUCUUUGAUCAGUCCAGUUACGAGGAGCUCAAAGAGAUUGUGGUCGUGGUCCACCUGGCAGACUUUGACCUGGUCUGGUGUGAGAACCUGGUGCAGGAAAUCACCAGGAAGUUUGCCCACCACAUCAUAGCUGGACGCCUCCUGGUGAUCCAGGCUCCAGAGGAGUACUAUCCAUCUCUGGACGGCUUAAAAAGGAACUACAACGACCCGGAGGACCGGGUCCGUUUCCGCUCCAAGCAGAACGUGGACUACGCUUUCCUCCUCAACUUCUGCACCAACCUCUCCCACUUCUACAUGAUGUUGGAGGACGAUGUGCGCUGCUCCAGGAACUUCCUGACGGCGCUGAAGAAGGUGAUCACCUCCAGAGAAGGUUCCUACUGGGUGAUGCUGGAGUUCUCCAAGCUGGGCUACAUCGGGAAGCUGUACCACUCCAGAGACCUGCCACGACUGGCUCAUUUCCUCCUCAUGUUCUACCAGGAAAUGCCCUGCGACUGGCUCCUCAUCCACUUCAGGGGUCUGCUGGCCCAGAAGGACGUGAUCCGCUUCAAGCCCUCGCUGUUCCAGCACAUGGGCUACUACUCCUCCUACAAAGGAGCGGAGAACAAGCUGAAGGACGACGACUUUGAGGAAGACUCCAUAGACAUUCCUGACAACCCUCCUGCCAGCCUUUACACAAACAUCAACGUCUUUGAGAACUAUGACGCCACCAAGGCUUACAGCACCGUUGAUGAAUAUUUCUGGGGGAAGCCUCCGUGCACCGGAGACUUCUUCGUCAUCAUCUUUAACAAAUCAACUAAAAUCAGCAGGAUUAAGAUUGUGACGGGAACAGAGGACAGACAGAACGACAUCCUUCACCACGGAGCGCUGGAGGUUGGACAAAAGUCUGUGGACACUAAACAGGGACGCCAGUGCACGUCCUACAUCACAUUAGGAGAGUUUAAAGGCGGGAGCAUCGAGGUCAACAACGUGGACCACAAGAUCGGCUUCGACAUCGAGUGCGUGCGAGUCGUCGUCACCGCCAGUCAGAAAGAAUGGCUCAUCAUAAGGACGAUCAGUUUAUGGACCACACAGCCUGUGAGUCAGUUUAUAAAGUAACAUUUUUAAAUAAUCAUCUGUACGUACUGUUUUGGAUUUCUGAAGUUCAUUUUGGACAAAUUCUGGGAAACAUUUGUUUCUGGGAUUCAAAGCAAUCCAUAUUUUCUUGGGUUGUUCAGAGACCUGCUGUAAGUUUCAGUGUGACGGAUUAAAACCAUAAAUCUGUACAGUACGGAGCCUUUAUACGUUUGUUCCUUUUCCUAAGUCUGUGUA